AUGGAUUAUACUAUUGAAGAUAUCACAAGAGAGGAACCUCGACAGGAAUCUUCAAGCCCCAUUAUUCAGGGAACCAACACCGAUGGCGAGAUUAUUUCUGUUUCACGUCAUGCAAGCCAGCAAGAGCUUGAAGACGAAUCUUCCAAUGACGAAGACAGCCAGAAAAAGCAACCAACAGGUGCAAAAAGCGAUGCUGCACAGACGAAACCAAAAUCAAAAGCUCAGCACAGCGAUCGGAACAAGGUGAAAGGCGUGCAAGUUUGCAUUCCAGCCUCCAAGAGAAAUUCAGUUUCAAGUGCAGCCGACUCCAAUUCGGAGGAAGCUAUAGCACAUGAAUCCACGCAAGAAGAACCGCUCAUUGAGCUCGAAGAUGAGGAGUUGGGAGACCAAAGCUCAAGGACAGAUCCCGAUUACGAGAAGGAUUUCGAUGAUGAAACAGAUAGCGAAUCAUCAAGCUCAGAAUCUUCAGAAUCUUCUAAUCAGGACGACUCCGAAGCUGAGUCUAUGGAGUGUUCAUCCAAGGUGGCCGAGCAAGCAGCUCCAAAGAAACGCACCAAGAAAAGGAAGACUCCGUUGCUCCCUGGUGCAAACGUCAAAGGUCUGAUGACUAGUAGUAUACUGUCCAACGGAGCUUCCAAUGCAUCCGAUCUCGGCAAAUCACUUCCUGUCUCCAAAGAAAAGGACAAAUCGAAGGCGUUGAAGGAGGAGGUGACGAAACUCCCGAUCGAAGACCAACCACAGGCAAGAAAGGAUAUGAACGCGCUUAUUGAGGAUUCAAGAAUGUUCGAUCGUUCAGCAUCCAUCGUUGAAAUGAAUUGGAAGAUAAAGGGUGUCCAGACCCACCUCAAACACCAUCAGCUUCGAGCUGCUGCAUGGAUGCGCCGCCGUGAAAGCUCAGAUACCGAACCGAAUGGAGGCUUGCUUUGCGAUGAUAUGGGCCUCGGAAAAACCCUCACAGUUCUUGCAAUCAUUGCGCAUGAAAAGUUACCGGGUCGUUCGAAAUUGCCUACCUUGAUCAUUGUUCCAAGAAGUUUGAUCACCCAGUGGACCGGUCAAAUAUCUACGCACUGCGACGAGAAGGUAGCAAAGCAUGUUCUCGAGUAUUACGCCGGUUCGCGAACAAGCCAGCGCGAUGUCGCUGCAACAAUGCGAAAAAGACUCAUUGUGUUGACCACAUAUGAGCAAAUCUGCAGCUCGUACCCGAAACUAAAACCACCAGUAGGGAUCAGUCGCCCCGAAGAACUUGAGGCAUGGAGAAAAGAUGCCUUCAAUCGUGAAGCUGGUCCUUUUCACAAGAUUGAUUGGCAUCGGAUUGUUCUUGAUGAAGCCCAUGUUAUCAAAAACAAAGACGCAGCGACCUCCAUCGCAGUUCGUGCUCUGAGUGGAAAAUUCAAAUGGGCUAUGAGUGGAACACCUCUGCACAAUGGCGUGGAAGAACUCUAUCCAUACCUUGAUUUUAUCUACACGACUGAAAGGAUGGGAUACGAGACAUUCAUCCGGGAAUAUCAGAAUGGAUUGGAUGCGUUUCUUGGAACCAUAAUGCACCGCAGCACAUACAGUACCCGUAUACUUGGCAAGCCAGUCGUCAUGCUUCCAAGAAUCCAGGAAAACGUGAUCCAGGUCGAGUUUUGCCCCGCCGAGCAGUACCUAUAUGGUGAGAUGCAAGACCUUUGCGUUGCAAUGCUUAAUGGGAUGGCCGGAACUCCAAAUCAAAACAACUGCAUCCUGGCUAUGAUAACGUACCUACGGAUGUUCGCGGGUCAUCCACUCCUUGCGCAAAAAAUGUUUCGACUUCUGCUUAAGCCUUGUGUGAUCAAGCGAUUGGAAAUGAUUGCAAAAGACAAAAAUGCAGCGGGGACUUCAUCAUGCAUCAUUAGUACACUGAUCCUCAAGAUGAACGACACCGCUCAUUCCCGGCCAAGGCCAGAGGGAGAUUUUACCGAGCUUCUGAAAUCAUUCAUCACGCACAAGCAGACUAUCGGUAAAUCUCAGGGAAAGGAGGCGGCAUACAACCUCAUGGACUGUCCCGCUUGCAAAGAGAUCCUGGAUGAGAAUCAGCCAUAUGUGGUUACAUCUUGCCAUCACCGUUACUGCAAGGGCUGCUUCGAUGGUCUUCCAGACCAAAAAGGAAACACUGACACGGUUACUCGUAUUUGCAGCAGUUGCAAAGAACCCAUCAAAGAGGCUGGAUACUCCGACAGUCAACCGAAGAAGAGAAAACAGUCCCAUCGAACGUCUACUUCAAAGUCCAACCAACGGUCCUUGCCACAUCCCAAGCCUCAGAACUCCGGUAAGAGAAGCAUGAAAAAGCGCCCUCGUAAUUCCUUCAAAGAGCAAGUUCUAUCCAGAGACCAAACAGACGAUGUGUGGGAGGAGCCUGAUGAGGAUGAAGGUGAUUGGAUUUCGCGUAUUGGUGACGGCAUGCCAUCAGCGAAGACCACAGCGAUCCGAGAUCUUGUUGCAAAAUGGAUGCAGGAGGACGAAGCAGUGAAAAUCGUAAUUUUCGUGCAAUUUCUAGACAUGAUUAGACUUCUUCAAGGCAUUUUUGCGAAAGAAGAAUGGAAGUUUGCAACCUUGACAGGGCAGGUAUCUCCAACAUCGCGGGAUAAAGAGAUUGAAGUCUUCGGCAAGGAGAAGGACACCAAUAUCUUGCUCUCUUCUCUCAAGACUGGCGGUGUUGGACUCAACCUGACAAUGGCGAAUAAAUGCAUUCUCGUGGAUCCCUGGUGGAAUGCAGCGAUCCAAAACCAGGCAUAUUGUCGGCUCUAUCGCAUUGGACAAACCCGUCCGGUGGAGUGUGUCCAAAUUGUCGCCAAACGGUCUGUCGACACCUGGAUGGUCAAUCUGCAAAAAGAAAAGACCUGGAAUAUCCAGACUGUCCUCAGCAACAAGGAAAUGCUAGGUUUAUUUGGGGAUGUACACGAGGACCCAAAUGGGGUACUUUCUAUCGAAACUAGAAAGGAAAACUCCCAACCCCUAUCUUGGUAUCAAGGUGUGCAGGAGGGAAUCUUUGACGGGAUCGGUGCUGAGGAAGAGGAUUAA